AUGAUUAUCGGGCGGGUCACCAUCGGUCCUGCCGUUGGCGAAGGGGCAUUCUCAACAGUGUACAUCGGCAAGUACUUCGGAGAUGUGGUGGCGGUGAAAAAGCAAACACGGCAGGGGCGAGACUUGGAAAAGUAUUUGCUACGGGAGCUGUCUGUGCUCAAGUACAUUCGGCACCAAAAUAUGCUGGAGUAUAUCGGGUGA